AUGAGAAUUUAUCAAUGUCAUUUCUGUUCGUCACCGGUAUACCCUGGUCAUGGUAUCAUGUUUGUUCGUAAUGAUGCUAAAGAGUUUAGGUUCUGUCGUUCCAAAUGUCACAAGGCAUUCAAACAACGUCGUAACCCACGUAAGUUGAAAUGGACGAAAGCGUUCAGAAAAGCUGCUGGAAAGGAAUUGGCUGUUGACUCUACGUUGACUUUUGCUCAAAGGAGAAAUGUUCCGGUCAGGUAUAACAGAGAACUGGUCCAGACUACAUUAAGCGCUAUGGAGAGAGUUGAGGAGAUUAGACAGAAACGUGAAAGAGCAUUCUACAAGAAUAGAAUGAAGGGUAAUGAAGAGAAGGACUUCUUGAGAGAUAAGGCUUUAGUUGAGGCUAAUCCAGAGUUACUAAGAAUCAGAGAGGUCGAAAUGGCUCACAAAUUGGCUCAAAGAGAACAACAAGAAAUUGAGGAAGGUGAAGCCGGAGAAGAGGAAGAGGAAGAUAUGGAAGUUGAUAGUGAAGAAGAGGAAGAACAGGAAUCGCAAAAGCAAAAGGUCUUAUUGAAGAACAAAAGGAGAGCAUCAAAGAAAAUUGCAUUCUAA